ACGAGCUAUAGUCACUGAUCUAUAAAAAGACUGGAUUGAGCUUCUAAUGUGACCAGAGUGUCGCCAUCCUAGAAGAGGGCCCCAGAACAGCCCAUGCAAAGAGACGGCCUUCUCUGUCACCCCUUGCAAUGUUUUCAGCUGCUCUGGCCUUGUUCUUUUUCAGCAAUCAUACACACAGCAUUGCAGCUCUCUCGUAUCCAUAUCGUUGAAGUAUUGGUUUUGAGGAAUGGCUUCCCGCUAUUGUUUGGGGCCCUCUUCCUUUUGAAAUUGAACGGGCUUCAAACUUUGGUGUUUCAAGACAAUAGGAAGCUCGAUCCAGUCUUUUUUAUAGAUCAGUGGCUAUAGUCCACUGUUGCUUUACAGGGGACAGAGAGCGGAGAAGUACCGUGGAUAUGCAUAUUCUAUUGGUUAAAAGGCCAUUUUCAAACCUGACUAUAGCUUCACUAUAGCUCGCGCCAAAAAUUAUAGUACGGGUUUCAUUGUCUUCGAUGCCUUUUCCAGAGCAAAUUCCCAGACCGACUAUAGCUCGGAAUAUCCACUGUAGCUCAAUUUUGGUUGGUUACUGUCAACAAAGAACGAAACUUCUGAUUCGUCUAAGUUUUAAUAUUAGACCAUUCUGUGCUCAGUGCUUUAUAUCCUAUCUGGAGAGGCAUUGUGAUGACACAUUGCCAGCAUUGCAUGUUUGUUAAUCACAUUUGAUAACCUAUACCGCUGCUUUCAAAUGUUGAGAGGCUUGAUAGCAGAGGAAGAAUUAACACUUAACUUUGAAUUCCGAAAAUCGAACACGGAGAUUUUGACCAUAGCUCGAGCUACAGUUGCUAUAGUCUGGAUCCGCUCCUGAAGAGGGCCUGGAUUUUUUAGAUUUAGUGCAAACAAUUAAUCUUCAAAUCAUUAACGCUUAGUUUGUUUACCAAACCUAUCAUCCAUAUCAAGGAAUAUCAUAUUUAACCAUCGGAGUAACUACCUUGAUUCUCUGAACUACGUAAAACGUUUCUUCCACCGAGCGGGUUUUGCCUGAAAUUUCCUAUUGGGAUUUCUUAUCGAGAUACUAUUAGAGGUGUGACACCCCCACACCCCUGGUCCUCAAUAUCAAUUUCUUUCAAUUGUUUUCUAGGGUUAAAUUAUCUUCCUAUUACUUAUAUAAAUUAUCUUAUCUGUUACUUGCAAGGAAUCAGUGGCGGAUUUAAGGGGGGGGGGGAAUAGGGGCAGUUGCCCCUCCCUCAACGAGUUGAAGCAAGUCUGGCGCCCCUUUUUUGAAAGGAAAUUGUGCGUCCCUUUUGAAGAAUGAGAAUCAGACGAAAAAGGUUCUUGGACCGAUAGGGUAAUUUGCUUCAAGUAUUACCUCAAAGUUAUGUUGUUUAUUCUGAAAAGGUAUCUGAAAUUUUUGUAUACAGCGUACUCUCGUAACCAAUUUUUGAAACUUUUUCAGCGCCCCAACUACUAACUGGCCCUCCUUCAAAUUUGCUCUGGAUCCACCCCUGAAUUAAAUAAUUUUGAAAAUAAAGAACUUGACGUUGUUAAAUUUUGCCAGCAUAGCUUUCAGUUAUCAAGAGGGCUAUUGAGAUCACACAAGAAUGCAAUGCAAAUAUAAAAAAGUCAUAUCGGUUAAAUCAAAGACUAGGUCCUGGCAGAAAUUGGCAAUGAUAUUUUAGAACUUCCCUGAAAAAGAGGAGGGGGCGCAGCCACCUAUUCUUUCCUUCCUUUAUCUUUUAUUACAUGUUGAUUGUAAUAUUAUGUUCAAAUUCUUUUUUCUGUAUUUAAAACAGUAUUGUCACCUCAUUGUUAGGGGCCAACUUAGCCAAGACAUGAUAAGAAAAGUGUUUUUUCAGAGCAAUUGAAGGCACCCAGCAAGUUUAACUUAUGUAGCAAGAUGAUAAGAGUAUUUCUUUCUUUAAUACUUUUUUUUAAAUUAGAAGUUCACACCAAUAACGUCACAGAAGGCCAGUGGAAUUGGCCUCCCGUUGACAUCAAAAACAAAUUUGCAGAUGGUUUAUCAAUUUACCGAUUGACUUUUUCUUUUAAGCAAACAACCUAAAAAACCCAAGGUAUGGUUGUAUGUAGUCAGGUGUGUAGUGCUAUGAAAAUUGAAAAUAAACAGGAGCAAUCGCGUACCAAUUCUCGAAAAACAAUGGUAAAAAGUAGAAAAAGGGCUACUUUCCGGUGUUUUAACAAAGGGGGUCAGCUUCUCGGAUGUUUCAAAUGGCAGUGUCCACGGGGGCUUCCCUGGGGCGUCGGGGUGCUCAAAUUUUAAGAGGUAGGCCAAGAAACCAACUUUCCGACAAAUUUUUACAUUAGCGUGCGAAAACAGUAUUUUUUGCAGCCCGCGUAUUGCUAAAGAAACUUUUACUUCCGAAUUUUUUGACAGAAUAACCCAAUAGGGUGAUAAACAUGUUUGGACUUGAUAAGCUUGCAUGUGGCUUUUAUGAAUUCAUUCUAAAUGAAGAUGAAGGUUCAGAAGAAAAAAGGGACUUGGAAAUUCUAAUUUGAGUAAAAUCAACAGCCCCUGCAAAAUCUUAUGGGUUAACCCAAAUUAUGUUUUCAUUCACGCAAAGGGGACUUAAUUAAGAUGCCAAGCGUCCCUAUUUUGAUUCGCUUGUGAGUUAAAUCACACUUCAUCGCAACACAUAGAGCACCGAUGCCUCAUAUGGUCAAAUCGAAGCGUCUCGUAUUUUAAAAUUUCGGUAUAAUUAAAUGGUUGCAUUUCAAACAAAGGGAUGAUAAUAUGGUCGAAAAGUUACCUAACAGCUCACGUUUUUUAAUUAAAACACGUCUUAAAAGAAUAAAUUGUCAGACCAAUAGAAAAGAUUAACAGCUGCCACUCUGAUUUCACACAGAGGGAUCAUUUUAUAUAUAUAAUCGUUGUUGGACUUAACAAUCUUUUAAAAUAUAAUUUGCGCAGGCUAACGACACUUACCGGCUUUUCCAUCAAAUCAAUGGACUAUAAUUUGUCCGUGAAAAGUAAUAUUUGUUUCCGGUUUGAGAAGUAGAACCCAUUGUAAACGUUAUUUUCAAUUAUCGCCACUUUUUCUACCUGAUCACGCACCCUAAUCACGAAGUUUCAAGCACAUUAAAACGUUAAUUAACCAUUACGAGAAAUAGCAGAAAAUCGGCAUAGCCUUGCUUGCUUUGGUUUAUUACAAACGAACAUGGCUUCUUUCGCCGAUGUGAUCACAAACAGUCUUCUGUUAUCAAAGAUUUUUGAUUUUUUACCAAUAGAUGAUGUCAUGGAAGUGCGGAUGAUGAGCCGUGCGGUCUAUAUAUGUUCAGAACGCUAUAUGCACCGUCGCAAAAAGAUCAACUUUGGGGAAUUGAAGAGAAAAGGAAAACUCGGAUACAGAAUAUUGGUAGCGAAAUUGGCUUCUUUAGCAAGGAACAUAUAUGAGCUUUAUUUUGAAAACUGUGGCUUAUUGAUUACAGACCGAAUUUUGGUCAGAUUUUUAUCACAAAACACAAGCAUGAAGAAACUCAGUUUGAAGAAUUGUGAAUCUGUUCUUCUUACAGAUGACUCCAUUCAUGCAAUUGCCUCCAAUUGUAAAAAGCUCGAGUAUCUUUGCUUGGAUGGGUGUAACUGGUUUACGACAGAGGCAUUUGUGCAUAUCGCGAACUGCAAAUCGUUAAAGUGGCUUAGCGUAGAGAGAUGUGAAACUAUUGAUGAAGAGAGCUUGGAAGUUGUUCUAAGGGAAGUUAAGAGACUGGAAGUGUUCAAACUGAGAUACUGUAGGCAGCUUAGCAGCUUUGUAUUGAGAUUACUGGGAGAGCAUUGUCAUGGCCUAAAGGUUUUAGACUUUUCAAGGUGCAACAAAGUCGAUGUCAGGGCUGCACAAUAUUUAGCUAAAGGGUGUAAGCACUUAAAAGAGCUUGACUUUACCUACACUAACAUAUCGAGACAAGCUAUGGUGUUAUUAGGAAGUGUUUACUCCCAUAGUCUUGUCUGGGUCUCUUUAGCUGCCACUUCCGUAAAUAGCGAAGUACUGGCAACAUUUUCCAAGAUUACAGGCCUAGAACAUAUUGAUGUUUCCUUUUGUCAUCACGUAGAAGACAAAUCACUCACCUUUCUAUCUCAGUGCACUAAAUUAACGUCUAUCAAUCUGGCUUCAACUAUUCAUGAUUGUAAUGGGACAAUAGAAGCAGUUGGACGUGAAUGUCUUCACUUAGAAGAACUGGUCCUUGCAGAAUGUAGCUGGCUAAAGCCAAGCAGCUUGAUGCAACUUGCCAAGAAUGGAAAAAAUCUGAGGAAACUAAACAUUAAAGGCUGUAGGCUUAUUGACGAUGACACUUUGUGUGAGCUGUUUCAAGGACAUUCUAAGCUUAAGUCAGUUAACAUUGCAGGUUGCAGUAGACUCAUUGGAAAAAGCAUCAAGGAUCUUGGGCUGUGGUGCAAGGAACUUGUAUCGCUAGAUAUUUCAAAUUGCUACUCGUUAAAAGAUGAAAGUAUUGCUUGGCUGGUUGAAAAUUGUAAGGUUAUCAAGAUUUUGAAAAUGGAUGGUUGCUACUGGCUGUCUACGGAAACGUUGAAGAGAAUUGGCAGACAUUUGGUGCAACUACAAGAGCUUAUAAUACGUGGCUGUAAAAAUGUUACCUGUGAAGCAGUUAAAGGUGUUUUGAACAACCCAAAGUUGGACUAUAUAGAUGUCACAAACACAUUACUUUUGAUGGAUGAUAUUUUGGAGCUUAGAAAAAUGUGUAGUGGUAAUGUUUUUAUAGAGAAUUGAUCAGCUUCAAAAAGUAUUA